GUCGACUCCUCUCGUCGCCAUUCCAUAUACGUCCUCCCCCGUCGUCCACGCCAGAUCUCGAUUCAGGCAAUGACCGCGCCCGCACCCGCGCUCUGAAUCGCCAUGUUGUCGGCCACCGGGGGCCUCUACCAUCCCUUGCUCUCGAUAUGCCUCGCGCUAUUCCUCCUCCUCAUCCCCGGGGAAGCCUACAAGGACAUCUCCGACGCGACACUGACCUCUCUCCCGCGUCCGAACGGCGACUUCGACAUCCAUAACGGGGCUCUCCUCGCGCCAAUCCUCCAACCCCGCGUCCCCGGCACUCCUGGCGCAACAGCCGUGCUCGAACACCUCGUGAACUAUGUCCGAACGACACUCCCCAAUUGGCACAUCGAGCUGCAUAACUCCACGUCGACGACGCCUGUCUCGAAGGGUACACCGGUCAAGUUCGUCAACAUCAUCGCCAGCCGCGACCCGCCCUGGGCUAACAAAGGCGACAUCGGCCGCCUCAACCUCGUCGCCCACUACGACAGCAAGCUCGAGCCGACGGGCUUCAUCGGCGCUAUCGACAGCGCGGCCCCCUGCGCCAUGAUCAUGCACGCUAUGCGCAGCAUCGACGCGGCCCUGACCGCCAAAUGGGAGAAGAUGCGCGUGGCCGGCCACACGCUCGAGGACGCGGAGGGCAUCCAGGUUAUAUUCAUGGACGGGGAAGAGGCCUUUCAGAGCUGGUCCGACGACGAUUCCCUGUACGGGGCGCGCGCGCUGGCCGAGCAAUGGGACUCCGAGGUCAACCCGGCGCUGUCGACCUACAAGACGCCUCUGUCGUCGAUAUCAGUAUUCAUGCUGCUGGAUCUGCUGGGAGCCAAGGACCCCACGAUCCAGUCCUACUUCGAGGCCACACACUGGGCGUACAAGAAGCUAGCGGCGCUGGAGCGCCGCUUCCGCGCCCUGAAGCAGUUCAAGUCGACGACGCCCCGGCCGUGGUUCCCCGACGCGGCCAAGUCGGAGAGCCAGAUCCCGAAGUCCCUCGGCAUCGGCGAUGACCAUGUGCCGUUUCUGCACCGCGGCGUGGAGAUCUUGCACAUUAUUGACGCCGCCUCUGGCUCGGGGAUGCCCUUCCCUGCGGUGUGGCACACCAUCGACGACGAUGCGGAGCAUCUGGAUAUGGACACCGUGGAAGACUGGAGUAUGCUUGUCACGGCGUUUGCGGCCGAGUGGUUGGAGCUUGAGGAGUAUAUGUCUGCUAGCGGCGGGAAUAGCUCGACAAAGGACGCGGGGCAUCAGAAUGAGAAGCAUUCGAAUUGGGCUAGGAAGACUGAAUUCUCUUGAUUGGCGCCUUUGCUUUUCUUGUUCUUGUAUUAGGAACCGAUUGCUAGGCUUUAUACCUAAUAAUACGAUUCGAGUGAUAUUUAUGCUUUUGCUAUGUAUGUGUGGAAAGACCCGGCUUGUUUUAUUAUAAUGAACCGUGGAACUUCCGAUAUCUACAGUGCACUGCCCAGCAUGAACCCCGCCAUCUCUGCCACUCCCCACACGGGCUGCAGGACCGCGCGCAGCACUGCAGGACCCGGGCACACUCCCCGUAAUCCCCAGGCGAGCCCGAAGGCCGCGGCCCCGGUGACAAACCGCCAGUCGAUAUCGGCGACGGUGGCCGUGGGCAGCCGCCAGGUCUCGGCC